GCGGCUGGGAACAAUCGUCAGCAAAAAUAAAUUCGUUCUCAGCCGCGAAGAAAUUUAUUACACUAACUGGUACAGUUGUUCAGUCUGGAAGCAGAGAGUUCAAGCAUGAGUUUAUUUGUGAUUCUGGAGCAGAGGUUUCAGUUAUUCCAACGGCGUUAGCACAAGAACAUUACAUGAAAAUUCAACCAACUACACGUCACGUAGAGAUGGCUAAUGGGACACACGCAGAAUGCAGAGGUGUGGUUCAAACAUCAGUUACGGUAGGGACAAAUAGUUGUAUAUUGAGUUUUUUUGUGGUAAGUGGUGUUCAAAACGGGAUUCUGGGCUUGGACUCUUUGGGAAAAUUGGGUGUAUCGUUGAACACAGGAAAAAAAUUGGCAACAAUAGAUGGGGCCCAACCUGUGUUACAACCGGAAGUAGAUACCCCUCAGGAAAUGCUAAAGUGUUGCUACAUACGAGUUGCGGAAAGUCGUGAUAUUAAGCCAUUUGAAGAAAUAUUCAUUUGGGGUAAAUUGGAAAAUAAGAAUGAAAAAUUUACUAGAGAUUCGUAUAUCGAAGGUACGGAACAUUUUCAGCAGAGAACUGGGCUUCUUACAGCCCCGAUAAAGAUUUCGGCAGAAAUGAUGAACGAUGAAAGUAAAAUCCCCAUAUGCGUACUAAAUACCACUGAUAAAUCAAUCAGAGUUUAUAGAGAACAAACUGCGGCCACAAUUCAGGAACUGCCAAGUACCCAAAACAUAGGACAUAUUUCAGAGUCAAAUAUGGGGGGAAAUAAUCCAUCAUCACAAUAUGACCCAGUUCCAGAAGUAUCAGUUGGUGAACAAUUGACAACACAACAAAGAGAAAACCUAGAAGUUUUAAUUCGAAAAAAUACACAAGUUUUCGACUACCCAGGAAACAGUGGGUUCACCACAACAAUAGAGCACACAAUACCCACAGCCGUAUCUGAUCCAAUUGUGUGCCACCCCAGACGACACAACCUGGGGUUAACACAAAAAAAUAAUGAAGCAGUAGGAAACCAUGUAAAGUCGGGACAUUUGACACCCUCUAAGUCCCCUUGGGCAUUUCCAAUUGUACCUGUAUUGAAACCAGAUAAAACAGUUCGAUUGUGUGUAGACUACAGACCACUUAACAAAAUUACCCAGAAUGAACCAUAUCCAACUGGAAAUUUGCAAGAGGUUCUAGACAAUCUAUCAGGUGCUAACUAUUUUAGUGUUAUUGACUUGGCCCAAGGUUAUUUGCAGGUCCCACUGGCCAAGGAAGAUCGACCAAAGACAGCGUUUCGAUCACCUACUGGGGUUUGGGAAUGGACAAGAAUGCCAUAUGGUUUAAAAGGAAGUCCGGCAACUUUUUCUCGGUUGAUGCAGAAGGUUCUAGGACACAUUCCACCACAUCGGUUGGCAUUGUACAUGGAUGAUAUCUGUAUUAUUAGCAAAACGUUUGAGGAACAUUUAGUAAAUCUCCAGGGAGUAUUUGAUGCAUUGCGACAGCAUGGAUUACGAGUUAAGCUAAGAAAUGUGCUUUCGCAAUGA